CGCGUGAUCAUCAACUCCAUUUAGUGUUGAAAGAAACGCCCGAAAGCGCGCACACGAACGCAGGAUGACGUCAGAACUAUAUAUACCGAGUCCCGCCCUUCCGGAGCAUUCCUGGAUUUGUCUGAGGUGUGACUCGGUCUCAGUGAAGAUCUGGCGUCGAGGAUUUUUCAACUGUGUGCGAAGAUCAAACCCCCCAAAAUUCAGUUUUUCUACUCGAGUAACGGACAUUCGAUUACUACUUUUUUUUUUGCUCAAGAUUUUUCAAGAAGGAAAAGCUCAAUUUCAGCCACUACAAUCCCGCCCAUUAUGCCAUUUUUCAGCCAGUAAUGAUAAAGUCAUGACAGUUUACGUUCUCUUAAACUGUUAAAAAAAGCUGAAAAUUGUUGCUGUUAAGCACAAUAUAUUAAUAGCAACCCGAGACGCAGAGGAGAGGUUUUAAUAGUAAGUGUUCUUUCAAACCAAUUUGAAUCGAAACUGCGUAACAGUUAACCAGUUGUCUGUGUUGAAAAUGAUUCCAGAUAUACAUAGAGAUUGUAGAUUCCUAGCUGUAUCGAGCCUGGCGAGCUAACUGCGCCACGGUGUCUAGAAGCAGACAGCAUGCUGAGAUAAAGCGAGGAUAGAGUAUGAGCUCACACCGCAAAGACCGAGCAAACGCCCUGCUUCUCUUUGUGUGUGAGACGGAACAAUCCUAAUGAUUACUACAGAAGCGAUAAAUAAAUCAUCGAAUAAUAAGCUAGUCAUAAGCAAUCUGUACAUAAAGAUUGCCAAAGGCAGAGCCAGGAAGUGUCUGUAUAUUGGGGCUUUUUAUAAACUGCAUUCUUUUCAGAGGAGAGCUCACUGGAACAAUCAACGCAAUCUGCACAUAAAGAUUGCCAAGAGAGGCGCCUGUGGAUUUAGCCGAGCGGGGGGGGGGACUGAAAUCAACAUUUUGUUAAUAAUAAUGUCGUUAGGUGUUUUUAGUGUUUAGCGGAACCGGAUACCGUUGAGUUUGGUGAAAUAAACCUACAUAGUCGAUGAUGAUUUAUACAAAUACAUAGCAGUCUGACUAUAAAGAUUGCAUUUUUAUUUUUUUGUAUUGUGUGCUUAACGAGUGCGUAACGUUAGGUUAGGAUAUUAUUUGUCUUGUCGACUUUGCUUUAAAAUGGCGGACGGGUUGUCCUUUGCUCGGAUCACUCGAGGCAAUGGUGGCUUUGUUUUUCUGACUGGAUCUACGGGAAAUACUGUAGCUCGGAACGGCUGUCUCGCGUCGCCAUCAUCCCCAUAAACAGCUCGAGUAAGCAGCUAUGGCCGUGGGCCCGGUGGACCCCAGAGAGGUGCUGAAAGGAGUUGAAGCUAUGCUGGGGAAAGAUGGAGAGCUACGAAGCCUUGAGGGAGUUGCUAAAGUCUUCAGUCUCAUGAAGGCCUCUCAUAAAAUGGUCAGCAGGUGCAUGUAUCUGAACAUCUUACUGCAGACAAAAUCACAUGAUGUACUUAAUCGUUUCAUUCGAGUUGGAGGCUACAAGUUGCUGAACUCUUGGCUCACCUACUCAAAGACCACCACCAACACCCCCCUGCUGCAGCUCAUACUGCUCACCCUGCAGAAACUCCCACUGACUGUGGACCACCUCAAACAGAACAACACAGCCAAGCUGGUAAAACAUCUGAGUAAGAGCGGCGAGACAGAAGAGCUGAGGAAGCUGGCGUCAGUGCUGGUGGAAGGCUGGAUGGCUAUUAUCCGCUCUCAGAGCAUCUCCAGUGCAGCAUCACCCAAUGACAAGAAGCGGAAAAAGGAGGAUGGAAAAGUGCGUCCAGAGGUGAAGCCCCGAGAAAAGGUAGCAGAUGAGGAGAAGAAGAAAGACAAACCAAAAGCUUAUGCUCCAAGUCACGCAAAGAUCCGUUCUACAGGUUUGGAGGUAGAGAGUCCAGCUCCAGUUCCCGUGAAGAAACCCCCCCCUGCACCCCAACUUGGAGACAAAUACAACAUCAAGCCAGCUGUUCUUAAAAGACCAAACACAUCGCCGAUUGACGCACCACCAGUGGAGAAGAAGUACAAGCCCCUUAACACCACCCCCAACUCUGCCAAAGAGAUCAAAGUCAAAAUUAUACCCGCACAGCCGAUGGAAGCCACUGGAUUUUUGGAUGCCCUCAACUCCGCUCCAGUGCCUGGCAUCAAGAUCAAGAAAAAGAAAACAAAAGCAGUUUCCCCUACCACUAACAAGCCCUGUCCGUUUGACAACAGGCCGCAGUCAUACUCAGGCACACAGGCCAAACCGUCUUCCCCUGAGACGCCCUCGUCUCAGACACCCCCUCAUGAGAACCCAGACCUGGAGCAGCCCGGCACACCCGUGCCCACCGAGGACCCUGACGCAAUGGAAACCGGUGAUAAACCCAAUGCUCUGGCUGAACCUCGUGGUGAGGAAGAGAGUCUGACUAAGAAAGGAAAGAAAAAGAAAAGUGUUCGGUGGGCAGAAGAGGAUCAUCUCAAAGAAUACUUCUACUUUGACCUGGAUGAGACUGAGAGAGUGAACGUUAAUAAAAUUAAGGACUUCGGUGAGGCGGCUAAACGGGAGCUGAUGAUGGACAGGCAGACGUUUGAAAUGGCUCGUCGUCAUUCUCACGACACCAUGGAGGAGAGGGUGCCCUGGACUCCUCCGCGACCCUUGACCCUCGUAGGAAUUCUGGUCAUUCCUGGUUCCACCAGCAGAGAGAAGAUGAUCCAGAGAGACAGAGAGAUGGGCAUUCUGCAGGAGAUCUUCCUCAGUAAAGAGAGUGUUCCAGACAGUCCUCACGAGCCUGACCCUGAGCCGUAUGAGCCCACGCCUCCUCGUCUCAUCCCACUGGAUGAGGACAGCAGUAUGGAGGAGAAUUACAUGGAGCCCGCUGACGCUGCUGCUUCUGGUGGCUCUUCUGGCUCUAAUGAAGGCUCCAAGCUGCCUCCUGUUUUAGCUAACCUCAUGGGAAGUCUGGGCAACAGCGGCCGCAGCCCUCAGGCGCAAGGCAACACCCCACCAGCCAGUAAUAACCCAGCUGUUAAUGUGCAGGAACUACUCUCAUCUAUUAUGGGUGCUCAGGGAUCUAACCAGUCUCCAGAGGACCUGAUCAAACAGCCUGACUUCUCGGAUAAGAUCAAGCAGCUUUUGGGUUCCCUGCAACAGAACCAGAACCAGAAUCAGAACCAGAACCAGAACCAGCCUGCUAAUGCUCCGCCAAUGAACACGGGUCUGCUUGGCCAUGGCCCCGGCAUGAACAUGAACCACAUGAACAACAUGCCGAUGCCCAUGAAUGGGGGUUUCCCUCCAAACAAGCCCCCUGGACCACAUUUUAACCAUCCUCCUCCUCCUCCUCCCCACGGCCACGGACCACCCUUCAACCCCGGCGGCCCACGCAUGAUGGGUCCUCCGCCCGGUCCACCGGGCCGCGGGGUGGACAACGGCAACUACUGGGGCGACGACUCCAUGAGAGGAGGCCCUCACCGGGGAGGACACUUCCACCGGGGCAGAGGGAGAGGAGGAGACCCGGGCUUCAGAGGACGAGGGGGACGCGGAGGACCACGUGGGGGACACAACAACAUGGGCGACAUGUCAAAGAGGCCAGUGUGUCGCCACUUCAUGAUGAAAGGGAAUUGUCGGUAUGAAAAUAACUGUGCGUUUUACCACCCCGGUGUUAAUGGACCACCGCUUCCUCCCCAGCACGGACACUAACACACCCAAAAACUGCUGUUCCUUGAACUCACCACUAGUGGGCAACAGGACUCAAAAUGAGCCUCGUGUACAGGAACUGAAACAGGGCAUGUUUGCGUCUGUGACAGCACAAUCCCACCUGCUUCCUCCGACUGUACAGUUGCUUCAACAGGAUCUGAACAUUAAUUGUUUCUUCUCCAUUUACCUCAUCUGGAAAGCUGUGAGAAGAUCUGAGAUCCUCUGAGAAGAGUCAGACAGUGUCUAAACCUAUUACUUGACUUUGCGGCCUACAUGUAAAGAGUGAUUCCUGGAGAUGGAGAUUGAUAUGUAUAUUUUUAUUGUGAUUCUGUGUAUUACUAACCUGACUGCUAAAGAUUGUACUACAUAACUGUAACCACUAGGACAAGGUGUAAAUAAUGGUCUUCAGCCAGUGGUGUACAGUGACUUAAGCUUCUCCUGGUGGCCGAAACACAAGAUACUGGCUGUGCAGUUUUCAAAAUUAUAAUGGGCACAUCAGUUAUUAGUGCAGUUUGGAUUUGCGUAAUGAAAUGUACACUUCCAAAAGAUGUUAGAGCACAGAAAUUUUAUUUGAAGAUUCUUCUGGUUGAAUUCAGUCCCUCGGAAGUUGCUGUACUGUUUGAUGUUUUACUUGCGGGUUUCGAUCGAAGAGGGAGAAACCAUACUUCUAUGAAAUGUGUAGAUGCUGUCUAAUUUACAGAUCUGAAGCACACAUGGUCCUUCUUUUUUUCAUUUCAUGAUAUUUAGUGUCAAAAAAACUCUUCAGCACUGAAAAGCAUCCAUGAAUUGGCAUCAUGUUAACUUUAUGCCCCAAAUUGGAAAUACUAUAGGGAUAGAUAGUAUUCAGACCCAUUACUUUUCACAUCUGGGCACAAAAUGCAGCAUUUUUGAAGUCCCGCUUAAUACUUGAAUUGAUACAUUGUGAUGGAAAGUGAUCCUAGCCUGCUAAAGAAAUAUUAACUGUUGUUCUGUGUCGUGUGACAAUCAGGAGAAUUAGUGAUGAUUUCCUACUUGAUGUUGAUGCUAUGGUUUGAUUUGCUUUGCUGUGCGCUCAUGUUCUCGGACCCGUUUGAGUCUGUCCUGCUCUAUCAGUGUUCAGCUGAGCCGAACCUGGGCUACAAACCACUAUCAAGGCCAAACGUAUUCAGGUGUUUUCUGUGAAAACAGUGGCCAUUGUCUCUUGUGGGACUCGAUUUUCUUUUUCAUUUUUUUUGUUGGAUUCACUAUUUUCCCAUGAUUUUAUUUUGAUACAAGUCUAAUGAUUUUUUUCUUUUUCUAUUAUUGGUGAAGAGAUGUCUAUGUGUCAGAGCGCCGCAUAAACACAAUAAAAGGCACAUUCAGAAAUGUAAGGCGUCUUUCUAAUUGUAAAUGAAUAAACGCUAUGAAAUUCACCAGAAUGUGCUGUUUUCUCAAAUUAGCUUUUAUUUUUAGAGCAAGUGUCAAUAUAUAAUGACCACUCUCUCUCAGUGCCUGUUUGCAUUGUGUAACCUCUAAAUGCUUCAUUGUUUGAAUGUCAAACAGGGUUACUGAAUUUCCCUCGCCCUCUCAUGGCAGUCCGGUGUGGGUGCGUUUGCCUUCCUGUCUGUCAGAUCCGUGUUCUCAGGGCGGAGUCGGUGCAGAGUGUGUAUGAUGAGGAGUGGCCUGUGCUCCCAGCCCUUCUGGUUAAAUAUUGACUUCGGCUUCGUAGAAUUUCUGCUGGCGUGCAAGGUGCAGGAAGAAUAAAUUAGAGUUAAGGACACCUCAGCAAUUGAUUCAUCCUAUGUAGCAUUCGUUUCAUUUUUACGAGUUUCAGUCUGUCCUCAGCCACUGUACAGGAAAAUUAUUUGAAAAAAAAAAGAACAAAAAAAUAGAAUACCUACUAGCCUACUUUGCUGAGCAUAAAAACAUCCAAGCAGUUCUGUGAUCGUGAUGCUAAACUAGAAUGCUGUUGUCAAGUAUUGUUUAACAUUUAACAUUGUUUAACAACUGUUUGUUAUAUGUUUAUUUCCACAAAAUAAAUGAAUAAAGCAAGGUUUUUAAGAUG